AUUAGACUCAUUAUGUCGGCACAUCUUAUAGUGUUUUGGAAUAUUUUACAUGGAACUAAAGGCUGGGAUAAUCUCAGUUUACUACCACAAUAUAAAGGACAACCGUCUAUGAAACCCUAUUACAGAGGUUAUAACGCACCGCCAGGGGGACCUGUAGAUGGAUAUCUUGAAGAGGAGCGUGGUCAAAGUACAUGUAGCAUUACAUGGACUAAUCCUUCUAUUAAGGAAGCUUGGUGGAAAUUUCCGUUGAAAUCCAUAGCUAAUGUAGCAUAUCUAGAAAUUUAUUUUCGAAGUUCUACUCCAAAUCGACACGUGGGUUUCUCUGUGUUUAUCUUCAAUAACUCAUCAUACAUUCCUCCAGUAAAUCCAUCUCAGCAUAAAGUGUUCAGCCACAAUAUAUCUACCUGUAUCGAACAUGUGACAAAUGUACCUAUUAAUAAAGAGACCCAAGGAAUAGCACUAUAUAAUACAAGGGAUCCUCUUGUCAACACAACAUGUGAAGGUUUUGAUCCAAGGUUUGCAACGAUUGAAAUUUGUGAAGUAAAGGUGAUGGGUUGUCCUUCACAACAUUUCGGAGAGAACUGCACAUUAUGUGAUAAAAAAUGUCGCAGCAGAAUGUGUGAUGCUUUUAAUGGUUCCUGUACAUACGGCUGCGAAAACAAAUUUAUGGAAUGGCCUGAGUGCUCCGUGUGCAAAGAGGGAUUAUUUGGACAAGACUGUGAAUCACAUUGUGGUCAAUGUAUCAUCGGUACCUUCUGUGAUAGAGUAACAGGAAUAUGUCCAGAUGGAUGCCAGGAUCCUUGGAAUGGUUCUUUGUGUAAUGUAUGCAAGGAAGGAUAUUAUGGCCAGACAUGUAAGGAUGCAUGCGGAAACUGUAGAAAUGGAACAUUCUGUAACCCAACAACUGGAAUAUGUCCGGAUGGAUGUGAAGAACAUUGGGAUGGACUAACAUGCAAAGAAUGCAAAAAUGGAAAUUAUGGACAAAACUGUGAUUUUAACUGUGGCAGGUGUACCAAUGGAACCUUUUGUGAUAACAUAACAGGGAUAUGUACAGAAGGAUGUGAAGAUCAUUGGAAUGGUACUCUGUGUAAUGUUUGUUUGGAUGGUUUCUAUGGUCACCAUUGUAAAAAUAAAUGUGGACUAUGUCUGACAAGAAUGCUGUGCAAUAAACUAACAGGGGUCUGUCCCACGGGGUGUAAAGACAAUUGGACUGGCCCAAGAUGUGAUGAAUGUGAAGAUUAUAAAUAUGGACCAAACUGUGUUUUUAACUGUGGUCACUGUAAAGACGGCAAACCGUGCUCGAAGUUGAACGGACAUUGUGAAGCGGGAUGUGUUUCCGGGUGGGGUGGAUUGUUUUGUUCGAAAGAAUCAUCCUGUACAGAAAAUUUAAAUGCAGAUUCUGGAAUUUCUAAGGCUUCAACUGCAAUUAUAUCCAUUGUCUCAACAUUUGUUGUUGUAACUCUUUUAUACGCAGUGGUGGCUAGAAUCGUAUACGAUAAAAUGAAGCAUAUGAUUCCAUUGACAGGAAAAAACCCAAAAGACAUCAUAUCUGGAAAACUUGACGAUCAUUUAGUUGAUACAAACAUCGAUCCUACUUAUCAAAAGAUAACUAAACAAUCAGAAAAUUCCUUCUACCAGGAACUGCGCAUCUACAAAAAUGAUGAUUUUGUUCAAAACAAAUAG